AUAAAUUGUGAGUUUCUUGUGCUGACUUAAAAAAGGAGAAAAAAGUUUUUAUUGAAGAAUAUUUUUUUGUGAUGUCUUAAGCAUGUGCUCGUCUAUCAGAUACUAUUUAGAUCAAACAAAAUUUUCAAAAUUUUGAGACAUACAGUGGUCAUAUGCUGAAAUACCCAUUGACUGAGUUUGAUCAGGCUAGAUAGGAAAAUAUUUGGCUCUUGAUCAUGACACACAGACCUUGCUGCACUUGGUCUGUAUGUCAUUAACUCCCACCAAAUAUUUUCCCCUCCAGCUCUCAACAAGUACAUAUUAAAAGCUGUGUGUUAUGCCUUUUUACCUGUCUCUCUUUCUUUCCUUCACUCUGUUAUUUUAUUUGUUCAUUUCGUUUUUUUUUUUUUUUAUAAUUAUAUAUAUAUUAACCAAGCUUUUGACUUUUUAUCUAUUAACUAUUUACUGCCCAUCAAUAUCUGCAUUCUUCGUACUCUUCUUUAUACACAUCCUUUGGGGCUGACAAGGAGAAUUUGUUUAACGAUCAAAGCUUCUUAGAUUGGUGAUCAUUUUCUUUAUUCUCAUUAUCUUGCUGAAUCAUUCAGCAGUAUUACUACAAGGGGAAAUCAAACACUGAUCAUGCUUGGGAUUUAAAGGGUUAAAAUAGUUAUAAGAUAAAUUUACUCAUUAGUUAACAAAUACACGUAACUAGCUUAGGAUUGUGAAGGUGCAGUCUGAUCGUCCGGGUGAGUGUAGUCCUGAGAAGGACUGUUGUUGGUGGUAGUGACUGACGUUUUGAAAUCCUGUGCGGAAGUCAUUAUCAGAGUCAAGUGAAUGAUUGUUGUCAGUAACUUAGGAUUGCUUAUAGACACAGUAACUAAAGAUGAUUUCAUCUUCUGAAUUUUAAGUGGCCAUUUGUAAGAUUUCUCGGAAUUCAAGAGCCUGCGUCUGUCUUAUUUUCAAUUUUUAAUGCAAUUGGCCAUCUUCUUGGAUGGAAGAUGCUCAGGUCUACAGUUCCAAACUCAAACUACAGCAUGCAUCUAGUAUGGAAAGCAAAUUUGGUGGUAUGGCUGAUUUGUUUUGUGAUUCUGAUCCAAAUAUGGUAACGUGUGAGAAAUUAGAAAAGGUGAGUCUAAAUGCUUGGUUCUGGUCAACAGUUUUUCAUACACGGGAUUUUAACUGGACUGAGAAAAUGGAUUAUUUCUGUGCCACAUCUUUGGUAAUGUUCUCCUUCUUUACCUGCCUAAUGAGGUUCAUUGGAUUGGAAAAUAAGUGCAGCUGUUUCCUCAUUGGAUUACUUCUAUGCAGUAUUUACAGCACUCAUGUUUUUUAUUUGGGCUUUAUAAAUUUCGACUAUGGAUAUAAUAUGAAGUUUAAUGUUACAAUAGGUGUUAUCAAUUUACUCAGUUGGUUAAGCUGGUGUUUGACACAUUACAAACAACAGCCUUACGUGUGGAAAUGUGCUUUUGUGUCAUUUGGCGUGUUUUUCCUCUUAGGUCUGGAGUUGGGUGACUUUCCUCCGAUCUUAUGGACGUUUGAUGCACAUUCAUUAUGGCAUCUAGGAACUUCUCCUCUCUGUUAUUUUUGGUACAGUUUUCUAGCAGACGAUGCAAAGCAUCAGCUAUCAAUGCAAAAAAAGAGAAGAAAGAGUUCUUGAGGACUUUUAGUAACCGUAAUUCAUUAAAACGUUCAUGGUUGUAACACUCCGACCAAACCGUCACAAAAAUAGCCCAGACCUGUAAGUUUGUAAUUAUAUAGUUUAAUUAAAUAAAUUAAAGCUGUAUUUAGUACACAUUAAAAUGCAUUUUUUUUUUUUUUAACAAUUUUGCAUUCUUGAAUUGAUAAAGCGUUCUUAAGUAAACGAUUAGCGCGUGAAAGAUACAUCACUGGUCAUUUUACCAGGUUCUGAAUUUAUUAUAUUUAGGUAACUGUAUUGUUUACCGUCGGUGCAAUGCAAACGUCUACAAUGCAAAUUCAAUUAAUUUUAGAAAUGAAAUAUGGGAACGGAUCAGCUUUUUUAGGUAAAAUUGCAAUUGAAAGUUUGUUAUAGUA